AUGGAAUCAGAAAGAAGCCAGAGGAUGGGAAAUGCCUGCCUCCCCCUGAAAAGAAUUGCUUAUUUCCUAUGUCUCUUAUCUGCGCUUUUGCUGACUGAGGGGAAGAAACCAGCGAAGCCAAAAUGCCCUGCCGUGUGUACUUGUACCAAAGAUAACGCUUUAUGUGAGAAUGCCAGAUCCAUUCCACGCACCGUUCCUCCUGAUGUUAUCUCAUUAUCCUUUGUGAGAUCUGGUUUUACUGAAAUCUCAGAAGGGAGUUUUUUAUUCACACCAUCGCUGCAGCUCUUGAGCCUCGCAAACAACAAUCUCCAGACACUCCCAAAAGACAUUUUCAAAGGCCUGGAUUCUUUAACAAAUGUGGACCUGAGAGGGAAUUCAUUCAAUUGUGACUGUAAACUGAAGUGGUUGGUAGAAUGGCUCAGCCACACCAAUGCCACUGUGGAAGACAUCUACUGUGAAGGCCCCCCAGAAUACAAGAAACGCAAAAUCAAUAGUCUCUCCUCCAAGGAUUUUGAUUGCAUCAUUACCGAAUUUGCGAAGUCUCAAGACCUGCCUUAUCAAUCACUGUCCAUAGAUACCUUUUCUUAUAUGAAUGACGAGUAUGUUGUCAUUGCUCAACCUUUUACGGGAAAAUGCAUUUUCCUUGAAUGGGACCAUGUAGAAAAGACCUUUCGGAAUUAUGACAACAUUACAGGCACGUCCACUGUAGUGUGCAAGCCCAUAGUCAUUGAAACUCAGCUCUAUGUUAUUGUGGCCCAGCUGUUUGGUGGCUCUCAUAUCUAUAAACGAGAUGGUUUUGCAAAUAAAUUCAUAAAAAUCCAGGAUAUUGAAAUUCUCAAAAUCCGAAAGCCCAAUGACAUUGAAACAUUCAAGAUCGAAAACAACUGGUACUUUGUGGUUGCUGACAGUUCAAAAGCUGGUUUUACUACCAUUUACAAAUGGAAUGGAAAUGGAUUCUACUCCCAUCAAUCCUUACACGCCUGGUACAGGGACACUGAUGUGGAAUAUCUAGAAAUAGCCAGAACACCUCAGACGCUCAGAACGCCUCAUCUAAUCCUGUCCAGUAGCUCCCAGCGUCCUGUAAUUUAUCAGUGGAACAAAGCAACACAAUUAUUCACUAACCAAACUGACAUUCCCAACAUGGAGGACGUGUAUGCAGUAAAGCACUUCUCAGUGAAAGGCGAUGUGUACAUUUGCUUGACACGAUUCAUUGGUGACUCCAAAGUCAUGAAAUGGGGGGGCUCCUCGUUCCUCGAUAUUCAGCGAAUGCCAUCGCGGGGCUCCAUGGUGUUCCAGCCUCUUCAGAUAAAUAAUUAUCAAUAUGCAAUCCUCGGAAGUGAUUACUCCUUCACUCAAGUCUAUAACUGGGAUGCAGAGAAGGCCAAGUUUGUGAAAUUUCAGGAAUUAAAUGUUCAGGCACCAAGGUCGUUCACGCAUGUGUCCAUUAAUAAGCGUAAUUUUCUUUUUGCUUCCAGUUUUAAGGGAAAUACACAGAUUUACAAACAUGUCAUAGUUGACUUAAGCGCAUGAGACACCAAAUUCUGUGGCUGCCAUCAGAAACUUUCUACAGUCCAUGACCUGGAUGAACUCAAUGCAUGAUGACUGUUCUUAUCACACUCGCAAAUGAAUGAAUGCCUUUCAAACAUUGAGACUGCUAGAACCAAGCACUACCAGUAUCUCCAUCCUUAACUGUCCAGUCCAGUGGUGUGGGAAGUUACUUUU